AUGUCGGCCACAUGGAGGAUCAUGCUGCCCAUGGCGCUUCUCCUUAACUUUGCCGUCCUUGCCAGAUCUUUUCAAGUUCUCUACGUUGGGCCUCCGCGGACAGGGACCCAGACGAUGUUCACGGCUUUGAAGAUUCUAGGCCUACGGCCACUGCACAGCGGCUACAACAGAUCUGUCCGGGAGCCCAUGUGCAACUUCCUGUACUUCAAUGGGUCCAAGGAGGUCGCUAUGAACGUCCUCAGCGGAUUCGAUGCAGGCAUGGAUGAGCCAUUCCAGCUGAUGUAUGACGCUGUCAUGGAAGAGUUUCCCAAUUCAAAGUUCAUUUUGCCGGUGACGACGGCUGAGCAAUGGAUGAGUUCCUACAGAGAUUUUUUCGAGAAUGACAAGUUUCCAAAGGAACGGCGGAUCGCAGCUGCAGCGCAGAAGCGCCUGAAGAUCAAGCCGGGGGCGACGCUGGAGUAUUUCGACCGAAAGAUGGACGCGAAGUACGAGAACCUGGACACCAAUUCGACUCCCAGAACCUACUGCUGGGCCUGCCACUACUGGGGUUGCAACUUCGGGAAGAUCGAAGGCAUGUCCGAGGAGGAGAACCGGACCUGCUACAACAACUUCAACGCCCACAUGGAGCGAGUGAAGUCCACCAUUCCUCCGUCACGACUGCUCUUGCCACUGGACAGUAUGACUAAUCAUCCAUCGUAUGUAGGGUUCAUGGUGUGGGUUUCCCUGCCCGGUUUCAGCACUUGCUGGCAGGGCGGCAGGGCAGUGGCAGCAUCAGCUCUUGCAGUAGCUGCGGUGAUCGCAAGGCAAUGCAACUGCUUAUCGUGCUCCGGUUCGCCGUGA